CUUAAGUUCCUUAUGUAUUCUAUAGUUACAUUGAUAACUGUCUCUUCUUUCAAUUGAUUUGUGUAUCACUCUUCAUGUUUCAUACCUCCUGAUGUGGCCUUGUCUAGUACUAAUUUUAUUUUAUUUUAUUAGUUUUGUUUAUUAAUAGAAACUGUUAUGUAGGCAUGCUAUUCCUAUUUUGUUUUAGAUGUUUUCCUGUCUACUCCAUUGUUAUUUAUGUACUGUUCAAUUUUUACUUUUUCAUUGCAUUACCACGACACUGCCAAAGAUGUUACUUACUGUAUGUUUCUACUUCAGUCUAGACGUGUUACUUCUCGUCCAAUGUUGUUUGCAAACAUUGUAACUUCUUUGCUGAUAAUACUCAGUAAAUGUCUGAAGAUGGCCUUGUAAGCCGAAAAAUGGUUAACAAUAAAAGUAAUAUCGUACAACAAAAGCAAACUGGUGCUUUUCAUUUAUUAUAAUGUUGUUCUACCAAGAACCGACAGAAGAUUCUGUUAACCAUCAAGAAGAUUUCAGACAAAGGUUUUGCUUCAUCUAAAGCAUGGGCAGCAGCCACUUGCAUGUAGUUUGGGACAAUCAUAUCUCCAAUUUGCAAACAGUUCUCUACGAAUUCUACAAUCGUCAUAGCUUAGCUGACGUCACAAUAUCAUGCAAGGAUGGUACUUUAAAAGCACACAAAAUAAUUUUAUCUGCCUGCAGCCCGUACUUUGAGACUGUUUUUCAGGAAAAUCCAUGUGAACAUCCUGUUGUUAUACUAAAAGAAAUAUCAUGUUAUGAGAUGCAAAUAUUACUUCAGCUUAUGUACCGUGGGUCCACUGAUAUUCCGGAAGAAGAUAUUUCUGGUAUCAUACAAACAGCAAAUGAACUUAAGGUAAAGGGAUUUGUUCAAGCUGCAGUGAAGAAUGUUACAGAAGACACAGACAGACUAGAAAACGAUUCUGGAAUGGAUCAGCAUAAUUCAUCUACCAUGUUGCCCACUAAUGAUGAUCAUGAGUAUCAAGAUGAAUCUGACUUACAUGUUCUGAAAGACACAAGACAGAAUGGAGAAAAUUAUGGUUUAGAGGAUGAUGUGGAAGGCAGCAAUGGGCUUGUGGACACAAAUGACCAGGUUGACAACUCUACAAGUGAGGUGGAUCAGGAAAUAAUGGUAUCUUCACCAUAUUCAGUGGCAGAACUGAAAUGUAAAUCCAUGAAGCGCCAUCGGAGGAAAAAUGGUUUGAAAACUCGCAGAAAGGCUGUAGAGAUUCAGGAUUCUCUGUCAUGGAGUUCAGAAGAUGAAAAGAUGCUUUGUGAUAGACAAAGAUCUAGACUGCGAAGCAAAAAUGAUGACUCUACAUUAAAUGCUUUAAAUGAUGUUGAUACUCCAUUGCAACCACAGUCAAAUUUUACUGAUAAAUCAGCUAUGAAAGAAUUGCGCUGUAAAACUGUUGAUGACAAAUUUAUUCAUACAAUCCCUGAGAUCCAAAUAAAAGAAGAACAGCUAGGUGCAGUGGAUUAUAGUGUGAUGUCAACACAAUGUGAUACAAGGAAUUAUAAGGAUACCUAUAAGGUGAAACAGAGUGUUUGUGACAAUCCUGUCAGUACCUAUCUCUCAUGCAGUGAUAUUUCUGAUGUUACAACAUUAAUAAGGAGAAGUGAGAUUGCAGCAAAGCCACAUGAAUGUGAAUACUGUGGUUUAUCGUUCAGUCGUGCAUCUCACCUUGCCAGACAUCGCCGUGUCCAUACUGGAGAAAGACCAUUUAUUUGUGUUUUGUGCCAACGAAAGUUUACUCGUCAAGAUAAACUUAGGCUGCAUGUGAUGAAAUACCAUGCUUUGGAUAUAAAAGAUAGGAAAUAUCAGAGUUACAUAUUAACACAAAAGGUUUCCAGUGGUGCAAAUAAUGCAGUAACAGAAGAUGAACUGCGAGAAAUAGGAAGAGGAGAGUCAUCACUUCCAUUUGGAGAUACCAGCUAUUUAUCAUCACUUUCAUUUGGACAGCAGAAACAUACUGAUGCAACAGUCAGUGCAGCAGAAACUUUAGACUCAAAUACAGAUGAACUGUUAUAUUCUGUAAGACAACUUGGGGAGUGUACUAUCCAGGCAGUGACUAAACAGGAAGUUAAUUCUUAAUGCAUACUGUACUCUGAACUUUUCAUAUAUUAAAUGUGAAUGUGGCAGUUAAUACCAAAGAUGAUAGUGAUAGUGAAAGAUGUGAUUUUCUUUUCUUUUGGUCAUGGUUUAAUUGUUUCUUAAUUUUAUUUGGCCUUUGGCAAUGUAACACUAUUUAGGCAUGUUGUUAUGGUUUGUCUUUAUUUCCUUUGUACUGCUUCAUUAUUACCUUUGUGUGUGUGUGUGUGUGUGUGUGUGUGUGUGUGUGUGUGUGUGUGUGUGUGUGUGUGUGUGUGUGUGUGUCGAGACUGUCCAUUUAUCAGUACACUGAACCCAAAUUUGGGAGGUGUGGAGUCAGAUUCCCAUCUUACCAUCUAGUUGUAAGUUCUGCAUGAUUCCAUUGUUCCAUCUUAGCUUGUAUCCCAUCUCUAAUGAUCUCAUCAUCUUCAACCUUAGCCCUCUUUCCUUCUGCUUCUGUCUGCUCUGUAAUGCUUUUUCUAUGAAGUAUUGUGACAAGAGGAGGUAUCAAAAAGUAAAGGAAGUUAAUGAAGGUUUUCCAGAAGAUGUGUAAUCAAUACAUAGAGGAAUGUAAACAGUUUGGCAAUGUAUGAAACAUGGUGGUGGCUUUAAAAAUGAAAAGUGAUUUAGAUAAGGAAAACAUGGACACUCACAGGUGCCAUCAGCUCUAGUUGCAUUGAUGGACUUUUAGAGAGAAAGUCUGCAGACCAUUAGAAAUUUAGCAAUUUAAGCAGUAGCCCAAGUGCUGUGACUGGUGAAACAGAUGCCAUUAUUAGUAGAUUAUUUUUAUUGUGUGUUUUAUAAAUAUUGUGUUAUGAUAUGUUUCCACAUACUAAGCAUUGUUCCCGAGCUGAAUUAACUAUGCCCUUGUCAUCAAAAAAGCAAAUUAGCGUUGUUUUGGUGUUUGAUGUUACUUGACGACAUUUUUUUGGAUGGGCGAUGGGGUGACCAUGACAUCUCCCUUUGACUUUGACUGUUGCUUUGUUUGUGGGUUGUAACCAUAACACCAUGACUCAUUACCAGUAAUGAUGUUUGACAGAAAAUCUGAAUCAGUUUCAUGUUGUUGUUUCCAAGCAUGACAGGUUUCAACUCGACAUUUGUUUUGAUUGCCAGUCAGAAUCUAAGGAAUGAACUUGGCAGCAACCUUUUUCAUUCCCAAAUCUUCCAUUAAAAACGGCUGAACCGACCUCCGAACUAGCCCACUAAUCUCUGACAGUUGGUCAAUUGUCUAUUGAUGGUCUGUGAGCACAGGCUCUUGAAUUUUUUCAAUAUUUCUGGUGAUUUGGGCAGUUGACGGGCGUCCAGAAUGAGGUUUGUCAUCAAUCAACAUGUUGCCAUUUUUAAAUUGAGCAAACACUUUUACACUUGAGUUUUCAGUAGCCUCAUUUUGGUAAGCUGUUUCCUACAAUAAAACAGUUUCAGCAGCAUUUUUACCGUGUAGAAAAAGAAAUUCACAGCUGCAUGUUGUUCACUUAAACUUGCCAUUAUAAAAAAUGAAACAAGAAUGAAACAGUGCUAGCAAAUAAAAUCACUGCAGGUGAACAGAACAAGCCAGGUUGACAACACGGGGACACUGAACUGGCAAUGAGUUGCACUAUACACACCUAGUGGCAGAAAUACAUACUACACAAGCUCCACUAGUCUGUUUUUUGGAUACCCCCAAGUUUAUCAAGAGACCCUUCUGGCGAGCACAGUCAGUUAAUAUUUUUCUAUUACCAACCAGCAUGGCCUUGUCACUUCCUUCUUAUACGGGUAGCCUAACGGGCAUGACUGUAGCAGGCAGCCUGUGUGUUGGAUAAUACAACUGUAAAACAGUGUGUCUGAACCACCUACCAGGAAAUUGUACCUCUACAAAUUGGUUUUAUAUCACUUGCAUAUUUGCAUUUACAUUCUUUUAGCAGAUGAUGCUCUCUCAAAAUUGUCAUGUGUCACCAGUUUUCAAGUAGGAGUAAAAUUUUAGUUCUCCAGUUCAUUAUUUCAUUUUGUCAAGAACCAUUCUUCCUUUAUUCCCUUCAUUGAUUUCAUGUUACUCAGGUUAUAAGAAUAGUCUCAUGUAUUCAGACUGAAAAGAGUCCCUCAAAAUUAACUGUACAAAACGGUCUGCAUUGCGUUUCUGAGAUAAUCUUUGCUUCAUCCAAAUACUGUGCCUCUACAUCAUAACAUGAAAGUAAGACCUUUGCUAUGACACAAAACUAUUGUGCCUUGGAAAGCUUAGGUAUUAUGUCUGCUAAGGUGUACUCUUUUCUUUCUUACUUGUAAGGAAACUAUAAUUUGUUAAUAUGCCAUAGUUAAACAUAACAUAAAAUGCAAAUUGAAAUAUUGUAACUUUUGAGAAAAAUACUACUAAUUUAGUAUUGUCUUAUUCAUGAGUGUUUCUUCUUUAUAAAAGAUACUCAUUUCUUUAAGGCAUAUAUAGGUUUGUCUUGCUGUGGUUUAAUGUUGAAUUUUGUAAAUUGUGGAUUCCUUUCCUUGGAUUCUAGAUUAAUGUUUUACACUAAUAAAUUAAUUGAGAAAGUA